GCACCGUUGCUGCAGCGGCACCGGUGCUGGCAGGCUGGCUGGGGAUCAUGUGACUCCUUCAUUUCCGAGACAACAAUACAACACCGAGUCGGUCUGCAGCGUCUCUCCCUCCCUCCCGCUCUCUCUCUCUCUAUCUCUCUUUCCCCCCCGUACCUGCGCCUCGCUCUCGGCAUGACGGACGGCGAGAGGUCCCCGUUACUCUCCGAUCUGGGGGAUGGUGCUCUCGGCAGCGGUAACGGCGGGGUGUCUCCCGGCGCUGGGUCCUACAGCGUGCCCAACAAACCCGAGAGCUUCCCUCCUUUCCCCAGUGCCAGUCAGCCCUCGGUGCUCCUAGGGGAGGACCCCCCGCCCUACUCCCCGCUCACCUCCCCGGAGAGUGGGAAUGCCCCGGUUAUCAGCUGCAGGGUGUGUCAGAGCCUCAUCUCUGUGGAGGGCAAGAUCCACCAGCACGUGGUCAAGUGUGGGGUUUGCAACGAAGCGACGCCCAUUAAGAAUGCCCCGGCAGGGAAGAAGUACGUCCGCUGCCCUUGCAACUGUCUUCUCAUCUGCAAAGUCACCUCUCAGAGGAUCGCCUGUCCCCGGCCGUAUUGUAAGAGGAUAAUAAAUCUGGGUCCUGUUCAUCCCGGUCCGGCCAGUCCCGACCCUCAGCCUGCCGGAGCCCGAGUCUCCUGUGGACACUGCAGCAACACCUUCUUGUGGACAGAGUUCACGGACCGGACGCUGGCCAGGUGCCCGCACUGCAGGAAAGUGUCCUCCAUUGGUCAGCGGUACCCCCAGAGGCGAAGUUUGUGGUGCUUUCUACUCUGCUUGCUGUUCAGCAUCUCCACUGCUGGACUAAUGGCUGGAACGUGGGCGAAGGCUCAGACCUACCCGGGGAUCUACGCCUCCUGGGCCGUCAUGCUGCUCCUGGUCCUGGUCACCUUGGCCCGGGCCUUUUACUGGGUGUGCAUGAGGGUCAGCCAGCCGCUCCAGAACUUCACAUAGAGGACCCCCCCCCCCCCCCUCCUCCUCCUCCUCCUCCUCGCCGUCAUCUGCCGCCAUCCCGGCCCAACGGGAACGACGAAAGAUGGCUCCUAAACAGAAUAUCUAUAUUUAAUCUUCCCCCCGUGAAGAAAUCCUGCUCAUCUCCCCCCCCUCCUCCAGUCAGACGUGUCUCCAGAAGCGGAGCGGUGGAGGCUACAGCUGCUCGGUAUCUCCCGGUAACUAUCAGGUGGUUUGCAGCCUGAUGUAACGAUGUCCUAAUCCAAUCACGUGGCCGGUGUGGGGUUCAUUUUAACAUUUUAACACUCGUUUUCCUCCUCAUGCCUGCGGCGUGAGUCUGUGGCGCUCCUCCGCACCCCCCCCCCCCCCCCCCCCCUCCCCGUCUGUCCUGUCCAGACUCUCACGUAAAAACCGUUCAGCCUUUAAGAUGUUCAGACCGCAAAGAAACCGUCAGGCGACGCUAUUAACGCCGGUUGAAGCCUCUUUUUUUUCUUUAUUAUAUUUUGCCAAUCAAAAUAUCAAGAAGCCGUCGAAACGUCUGUGGAAGAUUACGACUUUAGCGGAAUACGAACACAGGCCCGACGACAACUUUUAGCGUUCAUGUCAAAAAAUUAUUCCCCCUGGGACCGACUUUGAUCGGAAUCAGCUUGAAAAGCCUUAAGAGGAGGCGUGGCAGAAGGAUUCAGCACGCAGACACGCCGCCUCGUGAAUGCAUCGCGCCGUCACACCACAAAGGAGAGAGAUGCUCCUUUUUUUUCAGAGUCGCCUGAUUGUGGCUCUGGCCCAGCCUCCCUCUUCAAAGACGCACCUAAAAGCAGAUUUCAUCCUCGCUUUUGUCCGUAUCUCGGCAGUGGAAGAAGAAACCCAGUUGAAAGGUUUCUUGUUUGAUAAGAGCAAAGCUGCUAGAUUUAUCUUUAUUACACGUUAUCUUGUUUUUUAUUUUUGUAUUUAUAGUCAAACAUUUAGUAUAUCAUAUAAAGCUAAUGACGUUCACAUCUCCUGCCAGGCUGUCUUUAGCGAAUCUGGUCCCUCUCCGUUUCAUACGGAGAGUUUUCUAACUUCACUUUGGUCGCAUUUUUACACCCUGGACUCUUUGGAUUCCAGCACCGUUGCGUUCAGCGCAGACCGGCCUGAAAAGGCCCGAGUGUUUCCUCUCCACACGACUUUUACCGGUUGCUGUCGGGAAAGUUAAAUGAGGAGAACUUAGCGCUUUGCUUUUGAAGACGGAGGCUGAGCUCUGAGCGGUCGCAGCCGGAGUGAUUCGGUAAAAAUAAAUAGACGACGACACACUACUACGUUCACCCUCACCCGUUCCGUUUGCUGGUUCUGAUCGCAUUUAUGGUUUAUGUACAGUAUGAUUUAUUUUAUUCUUUUUUUUUUUUUCUGUUCGAUUUGUAAAUUUGUAAAUUUACGUCCGCGGAACACACAGGAAAAAAACAACAAAAACAAAAAAAAACGAUUUCUGUUCCUCUCCUGAGUUUAACACUAGCUGCUGUGAUUGUUAAGUUUAUUUGUUUUUAAGAGAGUUAUUUUUGCAGCUCCUCUUCUGUUACGUAUUUUAAUGCGCCGGUUUCUUACUAACCCAACGAGCCUCCGGACGCCUUGGCUGUGUCCAAAACCACGUCGACAUGCAGACACUGAGACGGCGUAAAGGACGAAGACUGGGUCAACCUGCUGCACUGAACUGAGCUCAGACGGUUCAUACGGGGGUGUCAUCUUAUUUAUAAUGCACACUGCAAAAUGGGAUCACUUUUACAAUCCACACUUUUUUUGGUUUUUUUACCCUCUUAUUAUGGGUGAAUUCUGACAUGGAGUGAGGUUUUUUUUUCACAGCCUCCCCCUGUUUUAUAUUUAUUUCCAGUACAAUAAUCUACCUGUCUCCAGAGCAUUUAUUUAUAAGGGCAACAUGAGGUAAAAGUGAUCCUUUUUGCACUGGAGUGAUCUUCUUUUAUUCUCAAUGACUGCAAACUAAAUUAAUCAUGUUAACCCCAAUAAUCAAGACGCUGAUUGAUGCUCUUUUCAGAGUCCGUUUACACUCAAAUAAAGACAUGAUGAUGAUGAUGAUGAUGAUG